UCCACUCUGCAAUCGAUUAACCGACCUAAUGCAGUUCAAUGCAGUCAGUUCUCGAUUAGCAUGCCUGCCUACGCCGAGCUACCCACAAACCAGUUAGCUAGCAUAAUUUCUCAUAUAGCCACCAGAAUACAAUCUCUCAAUGUCCCGAUGAUUAAAACGGUUUGAUUGAGAUACUCCUAAUUAACAUGAAUUUAAUCUGCUCGGCGCUUCGGAUCGGUGGGUUGUCAAUCCAGCUCGUUUAAAAACGAUCUAUCCCGGGCUAACAGGCUAAGAAGCUAACAGCGUCUUCAAUGAAAUUUAACUGACAAACACAACAGAACAGUCUGCAUGGCUGACGUGCUGCUGAGUUAGUGUCCGGCCCUUAUGCGAGGAAAGCUGGCCGGCCGGGCCGUGAAGCAAUAGAGAGGAAAAAUGUCAGUGCAGAACAGAAACUCUGUGCUGAUCCUGUCGGGUCGAGAGCGAGGAGCUCGCAUUCUGGGAUCCCAGCGGCUCCUGCAGCAGCUGGUGGAAGACCGGACGCGCUGGAUGAAAUGGCAGAGCCAGAAAGUAGAGUUGCCGGAUAAUCCACGAUCAACCUUCCUGCUGGCCUUCAGUCCAGAUAGGAAUCUUGUGGCCUCAACCCACGUCAACCAUAACAUCUACAUCACAGAUGUGAAAACAGGAAAGUGCCUGCACUCUUUAGUGGGCCAUCGACGCACACCUUGGUGUGUGACCUUUCACCCCAGCAUCCCUGGCCUGGUUGCCUCUGGGUGCCUUGAUGGAGAAGUCCGCAUUUGGGACCUGCAUGGUGGUAGCGAGAGCUGGUUCACGGAGAGUAAUGUUGCCAUCGCUUCUCUAGCGUUCCACCCCACGGCUCAGCUCUUGCUCAUCGCCACCAACAAUGAACUCCACUUCUGGGACUGGAGCCGACCAGAACCUUUUGCUGUGGUCAAGACCGCCAGCGAGACCGAACGUGUUCGGUUGGUGAGAUUUGAUCCUCUAGGUCAUAAUCUUUUAACAGCUAUUGUGAACCCAUCCAACCAGCAGAAUGAUGAUGACUCCGAGGUCCCCAUGGACAGUAUGGAUAUGGCUUUGUUCCGCCAACGUUCUCUUUUACGCUCCCCACCCGUACGUCGCACACCUAUCCUGCACAAUUUCCUGCACAUAUUGUCCUCUCGCUCUUCUGGGGCGCAGGCUGGCGAUCAAUCCCGCCCUGCCCCUGAGCCCCGAGAGCCUCCCGGAAUGCCCCGGUUCCAAUACCCAGUGCGGACAGAACCGGGUGACCGCCCUGCCUUACAGGGCUGCACGCAUCAUUUGGGUUUGGGCUGCCUGUGCAGUCGUUGUGCUGCCUCGCGGAACUUAUUCACGCAGAAUCCGACAGGCCUCCAGCCUUCGGAUUCGCCUCAACCGCAGACUCAGUCGGGCCCCUCUGCGUUCUCGCCCGCUCCUAGCCAGACCCACACCUCCACGGACCGACCUUCUGCUUUUAGCAGUGUGUUCAGUGGGGCUGCGGGGAACUCUGCUCAUCGGGGACUCUUGCCUCUUUGGACUAUUGAUCCCUUGGGGUCACAAGCACCCGGUCCUCUCGAGGCCCCUGGGCGUCUUCCUGGGGCUGAUUGGUCUGGUAGUCUGCUGAGCACGGGACAUGAACAUGGGUUAGGUGCGAUUGGGGUGGAAAGCAGCGCCGGAAGGGGUGUAGUGCCCCCUCCUAGGACGAGCUCCUCUUCUAUGGAUCUCCUUUCCCUGCAUAGGUUCCCCGAUGGUUCCUCUUCAUCACCCAUAUACACUUCUGCUACAGAAGGGCGAGGCCUAGUGCUGCCCGGCACGGAGCCCAACCGGGGACGAGCCAAUGACGGCACCAGUAGUGGCCAUCAUCCCUUCUAUGACAACACCCAACGCAACAACCCCGCCUCCAUACGCAAUGUCCUGCAGUGUAACCUGAGCCGUUACUUUAUGGAAUAUGAGCGCAUGCAGGAGUUGGAGCGACCCGGUGGCAGCCGAGAGGUGCCGGGUGGAACGGGACCCAUGCAGGAGCUGCUCAACAGUAGCAUGGACACAGAACGUCCCGGGCCUUCGCAUAACAGCUCUUCCCACACUGGAAACGCAGGCACGGUCGCCGGCCCCUCUCAAAACCACCCCAAUCGUUGCCGUUCGUGCCACAACCUCCUCACCUUCAACCACGACACUCAGCGCUGGGAGCGUUCUGGUCAGACCUCUUCUUCCUCUUCCUCUCAAGAUGGACCAUCCUGGCCACUUUCAGUGCCUCCGUUUGAGGACUCAGGUCAGGGAGCACGGGUGGAGGCCCAGGCCCCUGAGAUGAGGCCCAUGGCUUUGGGCGAGACCUCCUCUGGGCUACAGGACCAGCAGCCCAUGGGUCUCGCGUACAAUCAGGAGACGGGGCAGUGGGAAAGCAUGUACCGGCAGCCGACGGCAAGUGCUGCUUCUGAGGCAACACCAGACGCCUUAAACCCAGAGGUGCCUGUUGAUAAUCCGGACGAGGACUCACUCAGGAGGAGGUUGUUGGAAUCAUCGCUGUUUCCGUUAUCUCGAUAUGAUAUGUCUGGCUCCAGAGAUCAUCCCAUAUACCCAGAUCCUGCCAGGCUGUCUCCAGCUGCUUACUAUGCUCAGAGGAUGAUCCAGUAUCUGUCUCGGCGAGAAAGCAUACGCCAGCGUUCUUUACAGAAUCGCCUACGGACGCUCUCAAACUCUCAAGCCGACAGCCAGUCCAACAACCCCUCCUCCACGCCACCAGAGGCCAGUGAUGGAGACUAUGAGGACAUCGAGGAACCUGGAGACAGGACAAGACACAGAAUGCCCCGCAACGCUCGAAUGUCAGCCCCCUCUCUUGGGCGCUUUGUCCCACGGAGGUUCCUGUUACCAGAGUACCUGCCUUACGCUGGACUUUUCCAUGAAAGGGGUCAGUCAGGCCUGGCCACUCACUCCUCCAUUAACAGAGUAUUAGCAGGUGCUUCUAUAGGUGAUGGGCAGUCAGCUGUGGCCAGUAACAUUGCCAACACCACCUAUAGGCUGCAGUGGUGGGAUUUCACCAAGUUUGACCUUCCGGAGAUCAGUAAUGCCACUGUGAAUGUACUCGUUCCUCACUGUAAGAUCUACAACGAUGCCAGCUGUGAUAUUUCAGCAGACGGGCAGCUGCUGGCCGUGUUCAUUCCCAGCAGCCAGCGGGGUUUUGCGGAUGAGGGCAUCCUAGCCGUCUACUCCCUCGCUCCCCAUAACCUGGGAGAAGUGCUGUACACCAAGAGAUUCGGUCCAAACGCAAUCUCAGUGAGUCUUUCACCCAUGGGCUGCUAUGUGAUGGUAGGUCUGGCCUCCAGACGAAUCCUGCUCCAUCCCACUACUGACCACAUGGUGGCGCAAGUGUUUCGUCUACAGCAGCCACACGGAGGAGAGACCUCCAUUAGAAUGAUGUUUAAUGUGGUGUACCCCAUGGCUCCAGACCAGAGAAGACACGUCAGUAUUAAUUCGGCCCGGUGGCUUCCAGAGCCAGGCUUGGGAUUGGCCUACGGAACCAAUAAGGGCGACCUGGUCAUCUGUAGGCCAGUUGAUUUCCGCAGUGAUGGAGACAGUCCAUCGGAUCUGACCUCGGAUUCAUUGUUUACCGUCAGCAGCAGCAGCAGCAGCAGCCGAACCCGUGGAGUGGAGCGCCCAGGCACCAGCAGGUCCGGCUGGCGAUUUGACCGAGACAUGGGCCUUAUGAACGCUAUUGGCCUGCAGCCGCGUCAGGCCGCCCCUUCUGUGACCUCACAGGGGACGCAGACACCAGUGGUGCGACUGCAGAAUGCCGAGACGCAGACGGAGAGAGAACUUCCUUCAGCCAGCACCUUCCAGAACGCACACACAUCCAGGCACAUGGUUCACACAGCCAGCACCAGCACUGAGAGGCACGCACCCCCAGAGACGACACGCACACUGUCGCACACACCAGUUCAGGCAUCGCUUUCAGAGGGAUCGCUGAACAGGACCAACUUGCCCGCCACAUAUCACGCGGACUCAGCAGCCGAGCCCAGCCCAGGAGAAGACGCUCUGUCUCGGAUCCGCCGCCUAAUGGCGGAGGGAGGAAUGACAGCCGUAGUCCAGCGGGAACGCAGCACUACAAUGGCUUCCAUGGGCGGCUUUGGAAACAACAUUGUUGUCAGUCAUCGGAUUCACCGUGGCUCACAGACCUUGGUCAGGACAACUCAGGUGGGAAACCCAACCUCGGAAAUGCCUGCUGGACUCGGUAUCUCGACUCUUUUUCACACUGAACCCUUGGUAGACUCUCUAGAAGCUCCUGGGCCGUCAGGGUCCAGCGGUGCCCCACUUCCGUCACAGUUUACAACUCGUUCUGAGGUCGCGGGGGCAUCUCCUAUGGUUGAGACAAACUUGUUUGGUGAUCGUCAAGCUGAUGAUGUACAGCACCACCCAUCCGCGAGUGGUUUGGAUAUGUCCAACCGUAGCAACAACAAUAACAAUGACCAUAGCAACAGCUACAGUGAAAGCCGGAGCCGAGAUUACCCUGAUGACCUGUACGGCAGAUAGUCUUAAGUCUGGUUUUCACAGAGACGAACAUCUCAACUGGUCUACAUGGUGCUGGAGCAUUUCGUGGUGGACCCUUUGUUACACAUAGAACAUAGCAUUUAGGGCGGAGCCACUGAACUUCCCGCCUCAGUUCUGACUCCUCCCACUCUGGCCUUAUUUGGGAAUGAAUGAGUGCCAAGUUUUUCAUGGCAUCUCCUUAACCGGGAGACGCCAGCCUCACCUUUUUUGUCAAAACAACAGAUUCUUGCUUUGGGGAAGCAUCAUUAUUGCGCUUGCGUGUUGCACUUAAGUUCUAAUUUUUCUUCCUUUCAAGGUUGAGUCUCAGACAUUUCAUCAUUCCAUGCGAGAAAGGGCAUCAUACUUGAAUCCUUCCCGUACUUCAGUACGGAAUAACAUGGUUGUAGGUAAAGGGUUACUCCACCCCAAAAUGAAAAUUAUGUCAUUAAUUACUCGCCCUCAUGUUGUUCCAA